UUUUAGAUUAUGAAGAAGUAAUGAAAAUAUCCCUCUUCUCCUAAAUUCUCUCUCCAAAGGCCUAACCCUAUUCUCUCUCUCUCUUCUGUGCCGAUCUCCUCUUCUCCGCCAAGCGCCAUAAGAGACCAUUAGACCAAGCACGUAUCAUUAACCUAACUGGAUUCGCGCUAUUCGCCGAUCUCUUCGUCCCCAAUUUUCGAUUCAGGCUGCUGAUCAGAACUUUCUAUUCAGCGCCCCAAUUCAGAGCAUUCCGAUCCACGCAUUUAGGGUAAGAAGAACACUUCUGCUCCUCUGUAACCUCAUUUUGUAACCUCAUUGAAAUACAAGUGGGGAGUGAUUUGAAGAAGUGGGUGUCGGAUUCUUUGAUAUUAGUUCUAGGAUACUCUCAAGUUACGCUGGUUAAUUAUGUGAUUGGUUUAGCCAAGAAAGCUUCUUCUCCUAAUGAGCUUCUGAGUAUGCUUACUGAAGUGGGAGUAUCUUCAACACCCGAAACGAAGUCAUUUGCAGAAGAGAUUUUUCAGAGAGUUGAGCACAAGGCUAAAGGUCCAAGUCUAUAUCAACAGAAAGAAAGGGUGGCAGCUAUGCUUGCAAAGAAGCAAAAUACUUACACUCUUCUGGAAGAUGAUGAUGAUGUUGUCGUUGAUGCUGAUAUUAAUGUCAGUCGCGACAAUAAGCGAGAGAAAGGCCGUGGAAAGAGAUUUAGGAAGAGGGCUGAAUCUGAUGCAGAUGAAGAUGAAGAGAAAAUAGGGGAAACAGAAGAGGAAAAGCGGGUAAAGAGGCGAAAGUGGAAUGAUGACAGUGAUGGUAGUAGUGGCUCGGAGUCGGAGGAGGAAAGACUGUGUGACCAAAAGGAGAGAGAUGAGUUGGAGAGGCACAUAAGGGAAAGGGAUGCUGCCUCAACAAGAAAGUUGACUGAGAAAAAGUUGUCCAGAAAGGAAGAAGAAGAGGCAAUCAGAAGAUCUAAUGCUUUGGAGCAAGAUGAGAUUGGAACUUUGAGGAAAGUCUCUAGGCAAGAAUACCUGAAGAAAAGAGAGCAGAAGAAACUAGACGAACUCAGAGAUGAGAUAGAAGAUGAGCAAUACUUGUUUGAUUCCGUGAAGUUAACUGAAGUAGAAUAUAAGGAGAUGAGGUACAAGAGAGAGUUAUAUGAUCUAAUCAAGAAGCGUACUGAGGACGAAGAUAAUAUAAACGAGUAUAGGAUUCCCGAUGCAUAUGAUCUUGACGGGGAUGUAAAUCAAGAGAAGAGGUUUGCUGUUGCAUUGCAACGCUACAGGGAUCCUGAUGCUAAUGAUAAGAUGAACCCCUUUGCUGAACAAGAAGCAUGGGAGGAUCACCAAAUUGGCAAAGCUACACUCAAAUUUGGGUCAAAAGACCGAAAGGCAAGAUCUGAAGAUUACCAAUUUGUAUUUGAAGACCAGAUUGAGUUCAUAAAAGCGGCAGUCAUGGACGGAGUUAAUGUUGAUCAGGAGUCUGCCAUUGAGGAACUGGAAGCAUCUGUUGCUAAAUCGGCAUUUGAGAAACUCCAAGCAGACAGGAAAACUUUGCCCAUCUAUCCAUAUAGGGAUGAGUUGCUCCAAGCUAUCAAUGAGCACCAGGUUCUAGUCAUUGUUGGAGAGACAGGUUCUGGGAAGACAACUCAGAUACCUCAGUAUUUGCACGAGGCAGGGUACACCAAGCGUGGCAAGGUGGGAUGCACUCAGCCACGCCGAGUUGCUGCCAUGAGUGUUUCUGCUCGUGUUUCCCAAGAAAUGGGAGUCAAACUUGGACAUGAGGUUGGCUAUUCAAUCAGAUUUGAAGAUUGCACUUCAGAGAAGACCAUUCUAAAGUAUAUGACAGACGGGAUGUUGUUGCGUGAAUUCCUUGGGGAACCUGAUUUGGCAAGUUAUAGUGUUAUCAUGGUGGAUGAGGCGCACGAAAGAACAUUAUCAACAGAUAUUCUUUUUGGCUUGGUUAAGGAUAUUGCUCGUUUCCGUCCUGACCUCAAGUUGCUUAUUUCUAGUGCUACUCUAGAUGCCGAGAAGUUCAGUGACUAUUUUGAUUCAGCUCCCAUUUUUAAAAUACCCGGAAGGCGGUUUCCAGUGGAUAUACACUAUACUAAAGCACCUGAGGCAGAUUACUUGGAUGCAGCCAUUGUCACUGCACUUCAGAUACAUGUGACCCAACCACCUGGUGAUGGCGAUAUAUUAGUUUUCUUAACUGGGCAGGAAGAAAUUGAGACAGCUGAGGAGAUCAUUAAGCACAGGAUCAAGGGUCUGGGAACAAAAAUAGCAGAGCUAAUUAUCUGCCCAAUAUAUGCUAAUCUGCCAACAGAGCUACAAGCCAAAAUUUUUGAACCUACUCCUGAAAGGGCGCGUAAGGUUGUCCUUGCUACAAAUAUUGCGGAAACGUCGCUGACGAUUGAUGGGAUCAAAUAUGUUAUUGAUCCUGGGUUUUGUAAGGUUAAGUCAUAUAACCCCCGUACUGGCAUGGAAUCAUUACAUGUCACUCCCAUUUCAAAGGCAUCUNCACUGCUUAUAACUACUUAAAUGAUUUGGAAGACAAUACAGUUCCAGAGAUUCAGAGGACUAACCUGGCAAAUGUUGUGCUUUCUCUUAAAAGUCUGGGCAUUCAUGACUUGGUAAAUUUUGAUUUUAUGGAUCCGCCACCAGCUGAAGCUCUUCUAAAAGCAUUGGAAGUGCUUUUUGCUCUAAGUGCUCUUAGUAAGCAUGGUGAACUGACAAAAGUUGGCAGAAGAAUGGCGGAGUUCCCUCUUGACCCUAUGCUCUCGAAGAUGAUUGUUGCUUCUGAAAAGUAUAAAUGCUCUGAUGAGAUCAUAAGUAUUGCAGCAAUGCUUUCUAUUGGAAAUUCGAUCUUUUAUCGUCCAAAGGACAAACAAGUGCAUGCUGACAAUGCACGAUUGAAUUUCCAUAUGGGUAAUGUUGGAGAUCAUGUUGCAUUACUGAAGGUUUACAAUUCCUGGAAGGAAACUAAUUUUUCAACCCAGUGGUGCUAUGAAAACUACAUACAGGUCAGAAGCAUGAAGAGAGCUAGAGACAUCAGAGAUCAAUUAGAGGGCCUUCUAGAAAGAGUAGAAAUUGAGUUGACUUCAAAUCUCAAUGAUCUAGAUGCUAUAAAGAAGUCUAUAACAUCUGGGUUCUUUCCUCACUCAGCAAGGCUUCAAAAAAAUGGAUCGUAUCGAACCGUUAAGCUUCCCUUGACUGUUCACAUCCAUCCCAGCUCUGGUCUAGCGCAGGUUCUUCCUAGAUGGGUUGUCUAUCAUGAGCUUGUUCAUACCACCAAAGAGUACAUGCGACAGGUCACAGAACUAAAGCCUGAAUGGCUGGUAGAAAUAGCUCCUCACUACUAUCAGUUGAAGGACGUUGAAGACCAUGGCUCAAAGAAAAUGCCUAGAGGAGAGGGCCGAGCAUCUUAGUCCAGUCCUGAUUACGGGUGUAUCCCUUUAUGGCAACCAUGACCCACCCGAGGAUAUGCUUAGCUUAAUAGGAUUGAACUUUCUUCCCUCUCUCAUGAUCUUUCUUCCAAGUUCGCUAAGUUUUGGUUUUUACCCCUUAUUUCAAGUAUGAUGGAGAAAGAGGCAAGUUCUGGUACAUACAAACUUCUUUUGUGGUUACUGUUUAUUUUUUAUUUGAAAAUAUGAUUGUAAGCCUCUAGCGGCUAGCUAGGGGAAUUGAUUUGACCAUGAGAAAAAAAAUAUGAAAAAAGCAAAGUGUUCACAUUAUCAUCCGCUAUUCCAAAUACCAAUGUUG